AUGAUAAUGUCUGUACAUGAUCCACUUUCUAGGAAGCGAUCUUUAUCAAAUCCUAAUGGUCAAGAAGGAAGUGUUUCUAAGAAACUGAAAAAUGAAGAUGAUGCCACAAUGGAUAGGAACAACAAUACUGUGUUCUCUGAAAAGAUGUAUCAUACGUAUGUGAAGUCUGCAUUGGAAUCGUUAGAUAAGAAUGAUUCCUUACCAGUUGAUAAUUUAACGUCUAAGAUUAGUUUACCUAUCUCGCACAACCAAGCAAUAUCGGUUUCUAAUUUUAAUACAGUGUUGAAGAUAUUGAUAUCGAAUGUUUCGAGGUUGGAUAAUAGCUCAUGUAACAAUUUAAUAUCGGCCAUACUUGAAUAUAACUGGCUUGGGGUGAAGCCAGCAAGUGAUUCGGACGGCGCAUAUUUUACAUUUAUAGAUUUAUAUUCACACUUUUUGUCCGUUCUAGUGUCUUCAUUACCUAAAUAUUUGCAUGAAGUAACAACUAAGUUAGUUAGUGAGUUUAUUUCGAUAAACAUUAACGAGAACCCAUCCGCAAAUCAUCACGUCAUUUUAAAUAAGAUCAUUAAGUUCAUUCCAACAAGUGUUAAUUCAUUUCCUGCAACCUUACAGAAGAACUUUCCCCAUCAUUUAUCUUCAAGUACGGAAGAAUUAACGAAUUUUGUUGGUAAUUUAAUAAAAAUAUUGACUUAUUGUCUGGAAUUACAAUACGAUAUAUGGCAAUUAAUCAUUGAAUGCUGCAUCAAAUUAGAUGUCGAGCUACAAAACGAGUUAGAUGAUUUAGAUGAUGAUGAGAUUGAGGAGUUAAUUAAUGGCGAAGAGGACGAUGAAGAGAGCGACAGUGAUGACGAGGAUGCGAAUGAUGAUGGCGCUUCCGACAUUAAUAGUGAUGAUGAAGAUGAAGUAGUAGAAGGUGAAUUUGAGUAUAUGAUUGAUCCGGUAACAUCGACAGUAAAUACUAGAAAGCUUCUGAGAAAACUCGAUUCUAUUAUACACUUAUUAUUAACAAAUACAUCAAAUUCGUUUACGGUGGAUGAAUUGAAUAACGGAAAUGGAGUGUAUUUGUUCAACACUAUUACAUCAUUAUUUAAAACGCAUAUAUUACCAACGCAUUUCACUAAACUGAUACAGUUUACUUUAUUUCAUAUUUCCCAAUAUCAACCCGAAUUGGCAGACUCAUUUUUAGUGUUGCUUAUAGAUGUUGCAUUUAAUACAACUGAAAUCUUAGAAAAGAGAUUGAAAGCUAUGCAAUAUUUGUCGUCAUACAUCGCCAGAGCCAAAAAUUUAUCGAGACAUCAAAUUGUCUUUGUUGUUAGUUAUCUUAUUGGUUGGUUAAAUAAAUACGUAAUCGAAAGAGAAUGUGAAAUCACAGAUUACGACAAUGAUAAUAAAGGUAGAAGUACAAACAAUAAACAAGGUGGUGGUAUGGAGAGAUUUAAAUUGUUCUAUGCGGCUUUCCAAGCCCUUUUGUAUAUAUUCUGUUUCAGAUACAAAGUGUUGUAUAAAACACAAGGCUCGACAGAAUCAUCGAGUGACUCUGAAUGGGAAUGCGACUUAGAUAAAUUUUUUCAGAGAGUUAUUAUUGCAAAAUUUAAUCCUUUGAAAUUUUGUGACGAAACUGUUGUAUAUAUCUUUGCUAAGAUUGCUACCAAACUAAAUGUUUGUUACUGUUAUUCAAUCAUUGAGCACAAUAAGAGGGAAAGAAUGUUGCAAACGAAUGGAACUAAAAACUUGCCUUCUGCUGUUGGUAAUUUUAAACAGAAACAGGAGUUUCUUGAUUUAGAAGCAUACUUUCCUUUUGAUCCUCUAGUAUUACCCACAUGUAAGGUUCUAAUUGGAGAAAAUUAUAUAGAAUGGUCUGAUGUGAAUCCUAGUAACGAGGAUGAAGACGAUGACGAAGAUAGCGGUAGUCAUCCCGAAGAAGGUUUAUCAGAUAGUGAUAACGAUAAUAUGUCUAGCGAUGAGGAUGAUUAA